UGAUCAUAUAAAUUGCUCAUCAAUCAUUUCAACAGCUAUACAGAAUUGAGAAAUUAUGAGUGGAAGAGAUCGCUUGGCCGACUUUCAGGCACAAUCCUCGUCUAAUAACCAGAACCAGGGCUACGGUAGUGGCCAGCAAUAUGGUGGUAACCAGUACGGUCAACAGCAAUACGGUCAGCAGUACGGUCAGCAAAAUCAAUAUGGUCAGCAAAACCAAUUUGCUCAGCAAAACCAGUACAGCCAGCCUGCACAGUAUGGUGGCUAUCAGCAGCAGCCAUCUACAAGGAUCGAGAUGACUCCUGUCCAACAGAACAAUGCCGGUCCCAGUGACAUGAACGCUUUCUUUAGUGAGGUCACUUCAAUUCAAGAAGAUAUUACCAAGAUCGAGCAAAAUAUUGCCAAGAUUGAGGAGCUCCACGAUAUCUCAUUGAAUGGUGUUGCAACUGAAGAACAGUCUUCGCGCACCAACCGUCAAUUGGAGGCUAUUACCGCUGACACAACACAGCUGUCCAACCGCACAAAGAAAAGAAUCAAGGAUAUUGAACUGGCUAAUCUUCGCCUAGCUAACUCGCCGGACAUUCAAAUCCGUAGAACCCAGGCCGGAGCCUUGAAAGAAAAGUUCCUGAAGACUCUUCGUCACUACCAAUCCGCGGAAAGUGAGGCUAGAAAGAAAUAUCAGGGUCGCAUGGAAAGGCAAUACAAGAUUGUCAAACCUGAUGCUACCCCCCAAGAGAUUGCUCAAGCUUUAGAGAGCGACAACCAGCAAAUCUUUGCUCAAUCUGUCCUUAACAGCACUCGUUAUGGCGAUGCCAGCAGGGCUCUCCGAGAAGUCCAAAGCCGUCACGAUGAUAUCAAGAAGAUUGAGAAGACCAUCCUUGAAUUGCAUCAGUUGUUCAUUGACAUGGAGACAUUGGUUACGGAGCAGGCUGAGGUCAUGAACACGAUUGAGGAGAGUACGCAGCAGACGGAAGUACAUCUUGAGACCGGAAACAAAGAGGUCGAUGUGGCCAUUGUUAAUGCCCGUGGAGCUAGAAAAAAGAAAUGGAUUUGCUUGAUUGUCUCUAUUGUGCUUAUCGCCAUCAUUGCCAUCAUUGUGCUUCAACAGCUCGGUGUCUUUAGUGCAGCCGCCAAUAGUAACAACAAGCAGGCAUAAUUUUUUGACAUCAUUUGUUCGAUAGAAAAAAGCACAUGAAAGAAAAUGGCAAAAAAGUCAUCUGGG